UCCUACUCUACGCGGAUGAUGUCACACUAUACACCCAAGCGAGACGCCCAGAGGAUGCAGAAUUAACACUUCAACCGGUGCUCGACCGCGUUUACCGGUGGGGUCAGAAGUGGAAAUUCACAUUCGCUCCCGAAAAAUGCGCGAUGAUGGUGUUCACAAGAGCCUACAAACCUGGGAACGACCCAUUACUGUUCCUUAAUGGCCACCACAUCCAGUCCCAACCCACCUUCAAAUUCCUAGGAGUGUGGUUCGACUCCAAACUGAUCUGGAAGCCGCACAUCAACUACGUGGCUAACCGUUGCAGUCGACUGAAAAACCUAUUCGCAAUAAUGGCCCAAACAAAACCAGGCCCGACAGCCAAGACACUAAUCAUGCUAUAUAAAAGCCUGGUCCGCAGCGUCACGGACUACAGCGAUUCCAGCUCAGCAAUAAAAACCAUAAUGUCAGCAACCCAGACCAACAACGAGGCGGUGAGCGACGCACGUGAGACGAUAGCUAGCCUCAAAUCGAGCGGAACAGCGACCUCCAUAGUAUGGAUUCCGAGCCAUACAGGGAUAGAGGGGAAUGAAAAGGCAGACAGACUGGCCGCAACAGAAUGCACCAACCAAAAUGGAAACAAGAUCGCAAACAAUCUUUCAGCCGAGGAAAUAAUAUCCCUCACCAAAGCUAACUGGAGAGACGACCUUCUCUCCACCCUACGACAGUGCCAGAAAAAAUGCAUCCAAGUAAGAACAAGGCUAGGCGUCAUCAAAUGGCACCAACACAACAACAGGAAAAUAUCAACAUGCCUGCAUAGACUUAGAGCUGGCCACCACUAUCUGAACUCGUUCAGGCACAGGAUCGAUCAAGAAGCCGACCCCAGCUGCCGACACGGGUGCGAAGCAACAGAAAACAGUCAACACGUUCUGCUCACGUGUCCAAAACACGAAAACCACAGAACGAGACUACGCUUAUUUCUAUCGGGAAACCACCUCCCGUUCGAGGACGACACGAUCCUUGGUCUAAAUCUCGCAAUAGACCCCAGAACACAAUUCAAAAUCCGCAACCUACUCGCGAAUUUCCUGGUGCAAUCAGGAGUCAUCAACUCAAUCUAG